UCCUGAUAACGGCUGAGUUUUUCCUGUUGUUUUUCGUCAAUUUGACUGUCACCUGGUAUGGCGACAUCUAUAAUCCAAACUUUUUUCUUUUCCACAACUGUGAGCUCUGGUGUGUUAUGUUCCAAAACUUUGUCAGUCUGGAUUCAAAACUCCCACAAUAUUUUUGCAUGCUCAUUUUCCACUACCUUUGAAGGUUUGUGAUCCCACCAGCUCUUUACUAUUGGCAGGUGAUACUUGUGACAUAAAUUCCAAUGAAUCAUUUGGGCUACAUAGUUGUACCUCUGUUUAUAGUCCGGCUGCUGCUGCUGCUGCCACCACUGCUGUUGUUGUUCUUGUUGUUGUUGUUAUUAAUAUUAUUAUUAUAUCUGGUCAAUCACCAGAUCUAGGCUAAUGAGAGUCACAGAGAAUGAAUUUCCAUCUUCUGCAUGUGAAGGAUAUCAGAGGGGAAAACUAUUGGAGCACAAUGCCUCAAAGCCUAAGAGGGCUUAUUAAACAACUCCAAGCUUAACUUUUGGAGUUUCUAAAACUUUGAAGCUUCCCAUGAGCUUUGCCUGGAGCUACAUCAGUUACAGUUCUCAAAGCAUCCCUUUGACAUCAUACAAGCUUAUUUAUGGUUUAUGACUGGUAACAGAAGACAUAUAUGAGACAUUUUUUCCAAACUUAAAAUUUCUAGAGCUAACAGGAAGGAACAAAAUGUAGGCAUUUUGUUUUCAGCAUUCUGGAUGACCUAUUCUUCAGUUUAUUUAUUUCAACAAUAAUAUCUUAGAUUACCUUAUCUUCCCAUAAAGCACUUUGUUAAACUUAUUCUAUCCUCAAUUUUCCUAAAAGGAAAAAGUAAAUUGGAUAGCAAUUUGCCCUUGAGUCAGUGGAAAUAUUUAAGAUCUAAGAUUAUAAAUUUGUCAAGUUAAUCCCAAUGACAUUUUAUACCAGAAGAAGGACAACAUUCAAGGAUUUGCAUAAUGUUCUCAUUCACCCAGCCUGGAAAGAAUAAAACCACCUUUGAAGAUCAACAAGAUAGAAAAGUUUGUUUUGUUUUCUGCAAACUAAAAAGUCUAGUUUUUGAAAUCAAUGUGUAAGGAGCUUUUUCAUACAAAAAAGAGAACACCGGUAUUUAUCCAGAGACAGCUCUGACCGACAUAUUCCGAAUAUCAAGAAGAAAAUGUAAGUAAUUUGUUUAUUUAGCUGGGAAAUGGAAGUUUGGGGGUAAUAAGACUUUUAUUUUUAAGUUGUAUUUGUUAAUCACCCUAAUAAUUAAGUUCUAGGACAGUAUUCUCAUAAAUCAGACUAUUCCUAUCAAAUACUUUGUCUGUUAUUCAGAGAACAAGCUGGCUCCAUCUCCAAUAUGACAUCCUCUAACAUAUUUAAACAUGACUAUCAUCUCCUGACUUUAUCCUCUCUUCUUCAGUAUAAAACAUACCCAGCUCCCUAAGCUGUCAGGAUUCAUGGCUUCCAGACUUUUGACUAUUUUGGUCAUAAUCCUCUCGAUACCUUUUAACUUAUCAAUAUUCUUCUCAAAUUGUGGUAUAAUCACCAUUGAAUAAAUACAAUUGCAAGUCCAAAUAGUAUUCAGUUAGUAGUCUAUAGUGAAAUGGAUAAACAUCAAUAUCUUGUCCUUCGAGAUAUUGAAGGGAUGUAGGCAACCAUGGCUUAAAUAUCACCCCCUCCAAAUUGUGUUUCCCUUCAUGAGACCCGCAAACUUUUCUAUCUCAGGGCAAAAAAACCAGCAUGGUAGUGAAGAAGAUAUGUAAUGUAGGAAAGUAAGAAUUCUUCUCCUGUCAAACCUGUCCUCCUGGGGUGGCUUGAAGAUUUUUUUUAAAAAAUAGAGCAUAAAAUCACAGAACCCCAAGUAACCUUUGGCUUUAUCUUCACUACAACAUUGCAAAAUUUACUGCAGUUUGAGUAUUCCUAAACUGAAAUGCUUGAAGCCACAAGUGUUUUGCAUUUAUAUUGUGUACAUUUUUAAUCAUUCUGUGCAAUGUACAUAGAACCAUCAGAAGGCAAAUACAUUAUUAUCUCAGUCACACAUGUGGAUCAUUUUGGAAUAUUUCGAGUCGAGGUAGGAAAGUUUAUUACACAAGCUAGGAGAGACUGUUUCACUUUGAUUUCCCUGAAACUAAUGGGAAGGGCAAACAAUUCUGUUCCUUCAGCAUUAACUGAGUGCAAAUUACUUUUCCAGUUUGCAGCACUUGGAAGUACCCCUAGAACAAAGGGUGAAUGUAGGGGUGCUUCUUCUACACUGUUGAAUUAAUGCAGUUUGACACCACUUUAACUGCUAUGGCUCAAGGCUAAGGAAUUAUGUGAGCUAUACCAUCAUUUGGUGAGGCAUCAGGACUCUUUGGCAGAGAAGGGUAAAGGUUGUAUAGAACUACAAAUCCCAGGACUACAUAGCCUUGAACCAUGGCAGUUCAAGUGGCAUCGGAUUGCAUUAAUCCGGCAGUGUUGAUGCACCCUAGGAGGAGGAGAGAAAUUAGGACAUUUUAAAGACAGCUGAAAAGGUGGAACAACAAAGGAUUCAUUGGAACUGUCCCUGCCAAAUUAGGAUAGUUUAUGAAUUUAUAAUUUUCCCAACUAUAACGUCUAUUUUUCCCCUCUGCCAGAACCAAGUCCAUACUCCUUCUUUCUAUGCAUUUGGACUGGGUUCCUUUUAUUGGAUCCACAGAAGUUUAUGAGCUGUUAUAACAAUUUAAUCUGUUUGGUUUUGUUUUUUUUACUUUACUUUUCCUUUCUUGCAGCUUUGGACAUAGACAAAGAUGGGGCUGGAGAACGUCACAACAAUGAAGGCAUUCAUCCUUUCAGGCCUGACCACGGACCACACCACUGAACUGGUUCUCUUUGGGGUUUUUGUCACCAUCUAUGCCUUCAUUCUCAUUGGCAACAUCCUUAUCGUGAUCACAAUCAUCUGUGAUCAUAACCUCCACACCCCAAUGUACUUCUUCCUCAGCAACCUCUCCUUCAUUGAUGUCUGUCAUUCUUCGGUGGUCGUUCCCAAGAUGCUAGCUGGCUUCCUGGAGGAGACAAAGACCAUCUUCUUUGGAGAAUGCAUUGCCCAGAUGUUCUUCCUCCACCUCUUUGCCUGUACGGAGAUCUUUCUCCUCACCAUCAUGGCCUACGAUCGCUAUGCUGCAAUAUGCCACCCUCUCCAUUACACCACCAUUAUGAGCCGUCGAGUUUGUCUCCAGUUAGCAGUGGCCAUGUGGUUGGGUGGCCUACUCCACUCCAUCGCCUUGACAGCAUUGACGCUCAUGGUUCCCUAUUGUGGACCCAACACCAUUGACAACUUCUUCUGCGAUAUACCUCUGGUCAUCAAGCUGGCCUGUGCCAACACCUACGUCUUUGAAGUCCUCAUUGUCUCCAACUCUGGCGUUAUCUCAGUGGUCUGUUUUGUAGUUCUGGUAGUGUCCUACGCGGUCAUCCUCACCUCCUUGAGGAACCGCUUUUCUGAAGGCCGCCGAAAGGCACUGUCCACUUGUGCCGCACAUCUGACGGUGGUGACCUUUUUCUUGGGACACUGCAUUUUCAUCUACCUCAGACCAGCUAAGAGUCUCCCUGCAGACAAAGUGGUUUCCAUUUUCUUCACGGCAGUCACUCCACUGCUCAACCCCAUCAUCUACACCUUAAGGAACGAAGACAUGCUAAAUGCUCUCAACAAGCUGCGAGGACGAAAGGUUGUUUCAGGAGGUAAAAGCCUCUAGGGCACGGGUGUCAAACUCAUUUCCAACAAGGGCCACAACAGCUUUACGGGUGCUUUCAAAGGAUCGUUGUAUCAAUGGAUGGAGAAUCCAUGGCUACAGAGGGCAAAUUAUAAUUUUAUAUAUAUAUAGUGGUCAGUGCUCUUUAGCCAAUUUGGGUCCCUAGAUGUUAUUGAAUGACAACUCCCAUUACUUUUGGUUAUCCACUAUGCAGACUGAGGAUAAUGGGAGUUGCAACCCAUAGCACUUGUGGCUCUGAUGUUGGGGAAAGAUUAAAGGACAUUUUAAAGUCAGACAUCAUAUCCACAAGCCUUGUAUGUAAAUCCAAACCCACUAUCCAGACUAAAAAGAACAAACUGCAGUCUUCCAGAUGUUACUGUAUCACAACUCCCCUCAGCUCUACUCAUGGUGCCUAAUAAUACUCCAGCAUCUGGAGAGCAGCAUAAAAUGAUGUGGCAGGAUGGAUUCGGCCCAUUGUCCUUCAGAACUCUUAACACCAGAAUUCAAAAACUACAUUGGAAAUUCUAGUUUUAUGCAUUCAUUUCAGGUCAGAGUCCACCAUGAGUGUCCUUGUCCUCCAAUAACUUUUGCCCAGGGCCGGCUCUAUGUAAUUUUCAAGUACUAAGCAAACAGAAUUUUGGUGAAAAUGUUGGAUAAUAACGAGGGAUUAAGGAAAAGCCUAUUAAACAUCAAAUUACAUUAUGAUUUUACAAAUUAAACACCAAAACAUCAUGUUUUAAAACAAAUCAACAGAAAAAGCAGUUCAAUACAUGGUAAUGUUAUGUAGGAAUUACUAUAUUUGAGAAUUUUGCCAUAUUGACCAUGCUCUGAUAUUGUGUUCCAGUUUUCAUUUGUGAAGUGUUAAAAGGUAUGGUGUAGCCUUUGGAUUCUUAUGUGGUUAAACUGGUGAAGAGGAAAGCCAUGCAUGUCUACUUAAAGGUGGAAUAUAAAUGAAAUAUGCAAAUAAAAGAAAUAAAUAUCAUUGUCCCUUUAUUUACAAGCUACUUUCCCUCAAAGUUUGCCCUAGCAACUCUGAACAUCCUAGAUAUUUUUAAAUUACAGUAUAUCAUUAAAAUAUAACAAUUUAUGUUGAUGCA